AUGUUCGCCCCAUUCUGGCAAAUUAGCUUGGCGUUUAUCUCCCUUAUCUACCUCUGCAUAUCAAUCUACCGCGCCAUAUUCUCACCACUCUCCAGGCUCCCAGGACCAAAAUACACCCUCUUCUCAGAACUCUACCUCGUGAUCCAAGAAUUUACUGGCAAGAGAAGAGAAUACAUCCAUGAAUUGCACAAGAGAUGUGGAGCUGUUGUGCGGCUGGGACCGAAUGAGGUCUCUUUCACGAGUUUGGAGGCGAUGAAGGAGAUUUACACGUCCGGUGGGAGUGGGUAUGAUAAGACGGAGUUCUAUACGCUGUUUAAGCAGUUUGAUACUAGGACUAUGUUUUCGACGCUUGAUAAGGGGACGCACAGUCAAAAGAAGCGGUUCAUUGCUAGUCAGUAUGCGAAUACCAAUAUCAUGCGGCCGCAAGUCAUGGGGGGCAUCCAGGACCGAGCAGGUGCUUUUGUCAAGAAGUGCAUUGAGUCUGGCCAAUCUGGGAUAGAUGCAUACGUGUAUCUGCAUUGCUUCGCAUUAGAUUGUGCUUCUCAUCACCUUUUUGGUCGAUAUGGUACACAUUCGAUCGAAAAGAAAGCGGACUUGGAAAUGAUGGAGGAACUUUCGUAUCACGACAGUCUUAAGAAUAACCUUGCUCAAUACCGUUGGCCAACGAUGUCCGCAAUAUUCGAUAAGAUCAUUAAGCCAAGACCCUCUCCCAUUGCCAAUGAAUAUGUUUUGGAUUGCAUCCAGAAGUCAGACGCGGGAGAGCAAACACUCAUAUAUAAGCUCCAGAACAGCAAAGACAACUUCCAGCAGAUCCAGAUGGCUGCUGAAUGUAUAGACCAUCUCGCUGCUGGAAUCGAUACCACCGGUGAUGCUCUCUGCUUGCUGAUGUACCAGCUCUCUCUGUCAGAAAGCUGGCAUGUGCAGGAUCUGCUCUUUAGCGAAUUCAACGAGAAUAAAGACAAGUCACUAGACGAUCUCCCAUACUUGGAUGCUGUGAUUAAGGAAGGCUUGCGAUGUUUCCCGCCGAUACCAAUGUCUCAACCACGAUAUGUUCCAACUGGCGGCCGUACAAUCGAUGGAUAUUUCAUCCCAGCGUGUGCAAUUGUCAGCUGUCAGGCAUGGAGUGUUCAUCGACUCAACGAAGACGUCUUUGUCAAAGGCGAUGAGUUUCUCCCGGAAAGGUGGCUAGACGCUGAAACGAAUCUUGAGAAGAACAGACUCUUCUUCUCAUUUGGUAUAGGAGGCAGAGGUUGUACUGGCAGACAUCUUGCAAUGGCGGAGAUGAAAUGUCUCCUGCGGGAAGUGUAUUCUCGCUUCAGGACUCGAAUUGCUCCAGACAUGAAAGGAAGAAUGACACUUUCAGAUCAGAUUAUUUCGAGUCGACCGCUGGAUCAGACUUGCAAACUCAUUUUUGAGCCGAUAGUAUAG